AUGGCUUCGAAAGCAGCGUCGCUAUCCAUACCAAGAUCCAUGCGUGCCUGGACACAACGGCGGGCAGGCUCACCCUCCAAAGUCCUCUCGAUGACGGAGGAUGCCUCUAUACCCACACUUCCAACAGAUACUUCCGUCCUGGUGCGAGUCUCUCAUGUCGCUUUCCACCCGGGUAGUAUUAUCUUGAUGCAUUUUGUCCCCUCAUGGCUGCGUCGUAUGCCGGCUGUCCCCGAAACGGACUUCUCCGGCGUGGUUGUGAGCUGUGGGAAAAAUGUUCCGGUCUCGAAUCCAGACAAUGACUUAAGGCCAGGAACACCAGUCUUUGGCUCGUUACCCGUGAAACCGCUCCUUAGUGGCGGGCAUGCCAUUGAAUCGGCGGCCAUCGGUAGGAAGCCCACCAAUGCAUCGUUUGCCGAAGCCUCAGGCCUAGGCGUUUCCGCACAUACGGCUGUCGUUCUAGUUGAGGCUGCAAAAGUGCCCAAGGAUGCCAGAAUUCUCAUCAACUCUCCUUGCGGUGGGGUUGGACAUUUCGCGACCCAGCUGCUCCGGCAACGAAACCCCACGGCGCGGAUCACAGGAAUAUGCUCCGGCCAUAAUCAUGCCCUUGCCUUACAACUUGGCUGUUCCGACACUAUCGAUCAUACCUCCUUCCCUAACGUGGAGGGCCAAACGCUCGUCGAAUACCUGGCCUCAAAGUAUGGGGCCAAAGAAGAGCAGUUUGACAUUAUCUUUGACGCUUAUGGAAGCCAAGACCUCUGGAUAUCUUCCGCCAGGUACCUUAAGGCAGGCAACGACCACCCAUAUGUUACCGUUGGUCCGAAGAUGGGGGUUUCCAUCAUGGAAGUACCCGGAUUCCUAUGGAAGGUGAUAAAGAACUCGGCACUGCCAACCUGGCUUGGUGGAGUGCCUCGACCGUAUAAGCAGAUAUCGGCAUUCACCAACACGGAAGCCAUUGAGAAAUGCAGGGAGCUGGCGCAAGCAGGAGAGUUCAAGACAUAUGUGAGCGAAAUGUGGGACAUGGAUCAAGCUUUGAGUGCAUAUGAGGUGAUGAGGAGUGGUCAUGCCCGGGGGAAAGUAGUCGUUAAAAUCUGGGAGCCAGAGCAAGUCUGA